AUGCUGUAUACCGUGCUGACGUUGUUAGCGUGAGUUUUUUUAUCAAUUUUAUAAUUUUUUAUUUUAACAGAAAUCUUGCACUAAAAUUUUUUCAAUUUUCAGGCAAAUAUAUUGCAAUGGACCAAUUUUGGAAACUGUACAAAACUCGUUCAUGUUCCCCGAUUCUAAGCAUUUUGUUGAUAUGUCAUUGAAAUAUGAUCCAGGUGAGCGGAAUUUGGCUCUCGUUGAAGUUUUUUAUGAGUUUGAAAAUUUUAACGUUUUCUUUUUUCUGCUGCUCACGCCUGUUUAAGACAGUGCUACGGUGGCCGGUCAAUAUAUUGCGCCGUCAGUUUCGGAGCUACAAAAUUUUUUGAAUUUUUUUUUCUUUUUUUUUUUUGCAAUUUGUCAAGGACCAUUUUUCGAGGUUAUGAAAUAAGUUACGUCACAAAAAGUACACAAGUUUUCAUUUCCUUACCCAGAAACCUAGCUUGAUUACCGUAAUACGACCGGCCGCCUUGAAAAUUCGUGUGUUGUCAAUUUUUUCCGUAGGUAAUUUGGAUGGUUUCCGCUCUAAUUCGAUUAGAGACAAUUGGAACGAUUUUUUAAAAAAAAAAGCAAAUAACAGUAUUUUUCGAACGUGAAACAGUUUCUUCACAAUUUUGCAUACGCCUUCGAGAUUAGUUUGAUAAUAAUCAAUAUUUCUUUUCAGUAACAACGCUUCGUCAUUUUGACGAGCUUGGCGACAAGGUCAAUGACAUUGUGGUUUUGCGAGAAUUUGUAACUUCGCAUUUCGAUCCACCAGGGAGCGAAUUGAUGGAAUGGUAUCCGACAGAUUGGGUUGAUUUUCCGUCGAAUUUCCUCAAUAUCCACGAUUAUCAUCACCGGCGAUGGGCUCUGCAUUUGCAUCGAAUUUGGAGGGACCUUUGUCGCAGGGUUAGAACUUUCUCAAAAACGAGGAUGUGCGGAAUAAAAAACAGAAAGAAGUCAAUGAAAAAGAUUUAUCUGCCAAAUGUUUCAUGAGGUGAAGCUCACGAAAAAUAAGUUUUUUUUAUAGUUUUAUUUUAAUUCCAACGUCAGGGAUCAAUGCGAAACUAUUUUCCGGAGUUUUAUCUUUCAAAAAAAAAAAUCUUUUUUUCUGUUGUUGAACGAUAUUAUUUUUUUAAUUUUUGAAAAACAAAUGAAUCUCAAGAAAGGUGGUUCGAAAAAAUUUAAUUCCCAAUUUUUAUUUGCACAUCCUUUGCGCGGAGAGAUUAUUUCUUCUUUCUUGCACGAUUGUAUACAUUUUUAUUUUAGGUAAAAGACGAAGUACGCAAGCAUCAAGACCGGUAUUCAUUACUUUAUGUUCCUCAUCCUUUCAUCAUUCCUGGCGGACGCUUUCGCGAGUUUUACUAUUGGUUUGAAGCCUAAAACUCCAGUUUUUGAUUGAAUAUCCUUUCAAGGGACUCUUUUUGGAUUCUCAAAGGCCUUCUCUAUUCGGAAAUGUAUGAAACAGCACGAGGGGUUAUCAAAAAUCUGAUGUUCAUGGUGGAGAAGUGAAUUCAUCAAAAUUAUGUUUUAUAAUUUUUUUCUUUCAGUCACGGCUUCGUACCAAAUGGCGGUAGGGUGUAUUAUUUGACGAGAUCUCAGCCACCUUUGCUCAUCCCAAUGGUUUACGAUUAUUACAUGGGCACUGGGGAUCUGCAGUUUGUCAUGGUAGCUUUUUCUUUUUUCUUCUUCUUCUCGUUCAUAGACAAUCUGGAACACUUGAAAUCAGCUCAAUCUGAUCGUAACGAAAACUAAUGGACAGUGCCUUUCAAAGCAACCCCUCUAAAGUUUGAAAUGACGUCCAUUUUCGAAUUGAGCGCGAAAUUUUAAAAAUUCCCUCUGAACCUUUUUUCUUGCUCGAUAUGUUCUAAUUGACAUUCUACGUGGAAAUACUAGUUCUUAUCAUGCAUUUAUGAUCUUCAACUUUUUUUUGGUCUCGGUUUGACAGAUGGCCACGUGUCAAUCAGAGACGAUUUUCAAAGGAAAAGGCCAUUUUGCAGGACGCCCUGCCGACGCUCGAAAAGGAAUACCAGUUUUGGUUGAACCACAGAAUGUCGUGGUUCAAAGACGAAGAGGGGAACGAUAAGUUCCCAUAUUUCCAGUACAAGGCUAUUCUGAAAGUGCCGCGGCCCGAAUCCUACAGAGAAGACAACGAACUGGCACAUGGGCUCAAAACUCAUGGUUUGGAGAAAAUCGGCAAAAAAUGACAGAAAGUGACUGAAAUAUCUAGGAAUAAAAAAGUUGUUUCAAAAAUAAUGAAAAUAAGAUCAUUUUUUCGAUUUUGAGAACCUCAAACUUUAUGUCGCUUCUGAAGUAGAAUAAUGCCGUGGGAAUGUGGAAAAAGGUAUAACAAAAAGUUCAGAAGAGAAAGUUCGUAUGUGGUCGGAAGUUGCGUCGGCGGCUGAAACCGGCUGGGAUUUCUCGACCCGUUGGUUUGCCCAGGAUGGAGACGAACGCCAUAGGAUGAAAACAAUCAGGUCCUCUAUUAUAAGAUUAUUGAGGAAAUUCGGAAAAUUUGUAUCAAAAUUUGGAUAAAACCAAAUCGCACUUUCGCUCUACAAAACUGCUAGAAAGAGAGAAAAAAAAAAAGUUUUUAAAGCGAAUUGUGGUCAAUUUGGAUCUAAUUUGAUAUACGGUAUUUUGACAGAAGAAGAAAAUCAUAAAAAAAAGCUGGCUUUGAAAUUUUUUGAUUCAAGUGUAGAAGAUCUUGAAGAUAAGCUACUUUGAAAUGAUUCCGGUAGAGGUGUUGUUUCAAGAAUCUGAUUUCAUUUUUUCAGCGUAGACAGAAGAUUUUAAUUUCAUAAUGCUACACCAUUUUAUAAUAUAGCUUAUUUUUAUUCUCUAUAAAACGAUGAUUUCGGGUUUCUAAGACGUAAGUCCGAUCUGGAUUUACAAUAUCUUGACUUAGAGAAAGCGCGAAUAUUGGCGCCAAAGUGUUUCGGUCGCAUUCAAACAUCUAGCAAUUGAAAACACCUUUCUUUAUUCAUCUGCUAACUUCGUUAUUUUUCGAUAUUUUAACUAUUUUUUCAUUAUAGAACAUGGAGCGUCGUCCCCGUCGACCUCAACGCUUUUAUGUGCGCCAACUCACGAAUCCUCGCCAGUUUGUUCGAAAUCGCAGGUGGAUUUGUGCCGAAAAGACUAUCAUUUUGAUUGAUGACUUCUAGGGGAUUUCAAAAAAGUGCAAGGAUAUCAGCAACGUUAUGAAUGGGCCAAAAAAGAGAUGAAGGAAAUUCAUUGGAAUGAAACUGACGGCAUCUGGUACGAUUACGACAUUGAGAAGAAGGUCCGUGGGAGUAUUUGGUGCUGAAAAGUUCAUUUUUUAGACACAUUCCAAUAUUUACUACGUUUCGAACGCAAUUCCGUUGUACGCGAAGUGUUACGAUGACGAAGACGAGGUCACGCCGCACAAAGUUCUCAACUAUCUGAUGGUUUGAGAGUUUAUCAAUCAAAAAUCAGACUAACUGGUGUUAAACACAGAAAUAACACCUUCAAAGAUAUGUUUUAUGUUUAAAUUUCCCCUUUUCUUGUGAGGCUUUCCAAGGGACUGAUAGAGUAUUAUAAUCUGAAUAAGUUGAAGCUGUUCUUUUGAGGAUUUUACUUCAGAAAGUUUUUAUGUUUUGAUUUUUUUGUAUACCUACCAAUUUUUCGAAGUACGAGGACUAAAAAUAAAAAUAAAUUUGAAGACCAUGUUUCCAAUUAAUGUUAGUAAAGAAUCAACGCCGAAUUUUAGAUUCAACAGAUAGAAAUAAGUCAAAAAAACACUCUUGGGACCAUCGUCGCGCGCGACAAAACAUAGACGCUAGAGAUACUGUAGCCAUGAGGGCGGAGUCAGCUUCUUGAAAUCCCGAAUCCAUGAAGGCUAGAUUACCUAAAAAGGAAAAAAAUAGAAUAAGCUUUCAUCGAAUUCAGAUACAACCAUAUUCCAAUUCCUCUCGAAUCGUUUAUUCCUGUCCGUUUUCAGAGAGAAGGAGUGAUGAACUUCACAAAGGGGCUGCCAACUUCUCUCGCGAUGGGAAGCGAACAGCAGUGGGACAAGGAGAACGCCUGGCCGCCCAUGAUCCACAUGGUCAUCGAGGGGUUCAGAACCACCGGCUUGCCCGAUUUGAUGAAGGUUUGAGAGGGAAGCCCAAUAGAGAUAACGGAAGCUGAAGGUGGCUCAAAAGAUGGCGACCUCUUGGCUCGCGGUGACCUAUCAGUCGUUCAUCCGCACCCACGCCAUGUUCGAGAAGUACAACGUGACGUUGUUGACCGAGGAAGCGUCGGCUGGCGGCGGAGGAGAGUAUGAAGUGCAGGUGAGAGAAUAAUCUAUUGAAAAAUUAGUAUAUUUCUCGAAAAUCAAUUUUUCGGACUUCAUUAGGGCCUUAUCGAACACAGUCUUUAACAAGGACGUUUUUAGAGAUAUUUUGAAAAGAAGAAACAUCUAGACGCUUCAAGCCAAAGUAGAAAAAAAACAUUCGUAAAAAAAAUUUCUAAAUCUUCAAUUUUGAAGAAAAAAUCGGCAGUAAACCUUUAAUAAUCAGCCGAAUCGAAUUUUUGGAAAGUUUGGAUUGCAAAAAAACUUCACGUACUCUCAAAAAAAUAGCUUCGAGCGUGUAUUUAAUAAUUUUUUUCUUACUCGCAAAUCCGUUUGAAAGAAUUUUUUUCAGGUAUUAAAAAAAUUUUUAAAGCUUUUUUUCGUAAUAUUUUAUUAUUUAUUUUUUUCUAUCAUUCAUUUUUUUGUUUUGAAAAUUGAACGAGAGUUCAAAAAAAUAUGUGAAGAUAAAAAGAUAUCCAUAAAAAAACAUUAGCUUUCUAAAGUGUCUAGAGGUAUUCCAUUCGAGCUUGACUUUAUUAACUAAGCAUUGUAGACGGCUCUUCGCUACGAAACCUUCAAAAAAUUGCCUAAUGUUCCUUCAAAGCGCACAUAGAGCUGUUUUGAAUACACCAGAUGGUUUCAGACUGGUUUCGGCUGGACCAACGGCGUAAUUCUCGACCUUCUCGACAAGUACGGUGAUCAGUUCUCGACGAGCGCCGGAUCCCUUGCCAAAUACCCAGCUGUACUACUUCUUCUUGUAGUUUUUGUAGAAAUGUACUAUUAG